UGGUAUUAUACAUGUAUAAUGGCAAAUUAAUUCAAAUAUUAUCAACUUUAUCACAUAAAAAAUGCAAAAAUGACUGCCUAAAAGUAUUAUAAAUAUGCUAGAAAUCUUUAACUUUUGAUACUAAGCCAACUAUAGUUGCAUUCAGUUUUCAUUAUAUAGUAUUGUUCUCAACAUCAGUUACCACUUGCAAACCAUUUGUUGAAGCUUCAAAAUUUUGAAGAGGAAAUAAUGGAUGAAGCGUCACCAAAGUCAGUAUGGCGACAUGUCUCAGCUUAUCGGACUAAUCUUUGUGAACUGUAUUACAGCAAGCCAGUUUCACAUUGGGUUCUUCUGUUUCUAAGUAGCAUGGGGAUGCUUGUCGCGUUCCCUGCUUCUAGUCUCUUGUCGCGUAUAUAUUUUGCAAAUGGCGGAAAGAGCAAGUGGGUAGUUUCGUGGAUUUCAGUUGCAGGAUGGCCUCUAGUCGCGAUAGUACUAAUUCCUUUGUACUUCUUUCUUAAAGUGUUCCCAACACGACUUGACUUAAAACUUACUUCAUCUUAUGUUGUAUUGGGAUUCUUGACAUCUGCCGAUAACCUCAUGUAUGCAUAUGCCUAUGCCUACCUGCCAGCAUCGACUGCUGCUCUUUUAGCCUCGACUUCACUGGUGUUUUCUGCACUAUUCGGAUAUCUUCUCGUGAAAAACACUAUGAAUCUGUCGAUUAUCAAUUCUAUAGUGAUCAUUACUGCUGCCAUGACGAUCAUUGCUCUUGAUUCUAGUUCAGACAGGUAUGGAUACAUCACUGAUCGUCAGUAUGUUGUAGGUUUCGUGUGGGAUAUACUGGGAUCUGCACUACACGGUCUUAUUUUCGCCUUGUCUGAGAUAGUUUUCGUCAAGUUACUUGGUAAAAGAUCUUUCCUUGUUGUUCUUGAGCAGCAACUCAUGGUUUCCUUAUUCGGCUUUAUAUUUACAACAACCGGACUCGUUGUGAGUGAAGAUUUCCAUGGGAUGAAAUCCGAGGCAACUACAUUCAAGGGUGGGGAAAGCGCGUAUUACUCAGUUGUCAUUUGGGGGAUUAUCACUUUCCAGUUGGGCGUCUUGGGAGCCACCGCGGUUGUUUUCCUCUCAUCUACUGUCAUGGCUGGUGUACUUAACGCGGUAAGAGUACCGAUUACUGGCAUUGCAGCUGUCAUAUUGUUUCAUGAUCCUAUGAGUGGUUUCAAGAUCCUCUCUUUGAUCAUUACUUUCUGGGGAUUUGGUUCUUACAUUUACGGCAGCUAUAGCCCGGCUGUGUCUUAGUUUUCGCUCUGUCUCCAUUGAUAUAAUAAGAUUAGAAAUCACAAUGCAUAUAUGUAUUAGUUGGUUCAGUUGAAAUGGAACAACCGUUACUACACCUAAAUGAAGUCGAAAGCUAUACUGGUCGGACUCUUCUAAAACGCUAACGCAGGCGCGUGGGAUUGUCUAAGAGUAGUACAUUUUUAGAGGAUCUGACACGAGUGCCGGCAAUAAGGAAGCAAAGAAGUUGAAACUUUCAUGCCAUUUCACUAUCUAUUUAUAGACAUGAUAUCCAACAUAUAUAUAGCAAGAUAUAUUACUUUCUUGUGUUCA